AUGGUUCUGCUCGCCCCAGAAGAGAGCAUGGGCGCCAUAUCCCCCUUCAGCACAUGUCAAUCACCUCCGAGUAUCAUGUACUCUCCACCACUACACCAAAUGGCACAUCCCAUUCCCACAACCUUGUGUAGCAACGGACCCAUCUACACACAACCACACUACAGGCCGGUCAUGAACUCUCCCUACCCACCACAUAACCCAUGGUCGUCGCAGACCAUGUCGAUGCCGCCAGUAUCAUCAUACUCAUACCCUCCCUUCACAAGCAUGACCGCUGGCCCCGUUCUAGCGCCCGACGCGAGUCUUUUUCCACAUUAUUUCGUCGGCUCACGGACGUCGAGAUCGCACUCCACUUCCUCUUCUGGCGGAAUGGGACUUCCAUCAAGCGCACCUUCAGAGAGGACACCACCUCGCUCGCUCUCUCCCACCUCACCAGAUCUCCGAGCUUACGGCUUCCCUAACAAGAACGGGACCUGGUCGUGUGCUUAUCCAGGAUGUACUUCGAGAGCAGUGUUUACGCGAGGCUGCGACCUUCGCAAACAUCACAAGAGGCACAGCAAAAACUACUUCUGCAGACACUCUGAAUGCCCUCAAGCUACCGGUGGCGGCUUCUCGAGCAAAAAAGAUCUGGCACGACACGAAGCGAAGCACAACCCCGGUGUCUUGUGUGAGUACGGCGGAUGCGACCGAGUCUUCAGUCGCGUCGACAACAUGAGAGACCAUGUCAAGAGGAUACACAUGAAAGCCUCUAGAAAGUCAUCGGCAGCGUCGUAG